UGUGUAAGAGGGAAGACUGGUGGUGUGAACAGAAAUCAAUGAAUACAGCUAAAACGUCUUCAUUUUCUUUUAUUUGACACCUAAUUCCAGGUAUCAUGAAACACAUACAUUACAGGAGAAGAAUAUUGCUCGCACAUGUUUUUACGCAGUGUAGGCUGGAACAUGUUCUUGUCAUUGCUAAUCAAAAUUUGCAUGUGGGAGUGUCGCCUUUAUUUCUGCCACCUGUUCUAUACGCCUAUGGAGAGAUCACGUGGCGGUUCAUUUGUUGGAAGCACAGUACUCCAAGGGGCAUUCCGGAGACUUGUAAUUGCCAAAUGAACUGACGGCCUCAUAGUACAGAAAGUGUUACACAGUGGUUUCAGUUAUGUUGCUUCAAUGAGAAGAAAUAGCACGCAUUUGGAAACAGCAGUUCUGUUUAAUUGUUUUCACAGCGUCAAACCAUGAAUUUAACACCCGUGUAAUGUUGUUGUUUUUGUUUUGGAAUUCAAAACGUGAAAUAGAAAAAAAAGGGCUGAGAAAAUGGGGAAAGGGUCACAGGAAAAGCCUGAUUUGUUCAAAACAAUGACACAUUUAAUCCAAGUUGUAUGUUUUGCACAACUGGCUUCAAUUGCUCUUUCUGUUCUUCCAGAUCCGAAAAAUGUGAUUAUUGACUCAAAUAACUUUGAGCAUAUCCUGAGAUGGGAACCAGGAGCUGGCACUCCCAUGGGGGUGAAUUACAGUGUUGAGUGGUGUUGCAGAAAGUAUAACUGGUCACUGGUGACAUGUCUGAGUGAAAAAGAUGGAAGAGAGUGCAACUUAACAAAACAGUUUAAGAAUGUCUACAGAGAAUAUAAGGCUCGGGUUAAAGCCAUUACUGAGACACAGCAAUCCGGCUGGACUGAGAGCAAAUGGUUCCAACCUGUUUCACAAAGUGAGCCAGUAUUUCUUAACUAGGUAUAUUCAACUUCAACAUUUUUUUUAGUGUCACUUGACUAAAUGUUUCC